AGGUGCGGCGGCGGUGCUGGUAGGGGGCUGGGUAGCCGUACGAUAAAGAUUGAGAGCCACUGCUUCAACCACUGACCCGCUCGGCCAAUUUCUGCUUUAUUGGUGUCCACAAAAACAAUGGCCUGCCACGCGAGGCUCAUAAAUCAGCAUUAUUUCAUAGGCCUUCAAUGGCAGCCGUUAUAACCGCUCGCCAAUUUCAUUUUAGGGUUUCUCGGUGACCAGUGCGGAGGGGUGGGAGCAGCAAGUUGAAGGUUUCUUAUUGAUUGCGCUGCGUCCGCACGGUGCAUCGUUAGGGUUAUUUGUUUGUUUCCGUAACGUGCGGAGUGUGAGAGUGCAGAAUCUUUUGUCGCUUGGGGGACGCCGCGCUCUCUUGCGUGGGCUUGAGGGCUCCCGUUCGUUUUAUUUCCCAUUGUUGCGGCAGGCUGGCUGGCUUUCAAGAGCGUGGAUUGCGAUCGAAUCAUUGCGCUUCUGGCCAUCGGACGUAUAUAUGAUAUCGAGCGCUCCCAGGCUCGCGAUGGCCCCGGCAAGAUCUCUAUGACCGAUAGCGAGCGGAGAGAGAAGGGAGAGAGCCCUGACUUAAUUUACGGCAAUAAGGUUCAUGCCUGCGCGUUCCCCGCCCGCCAAUAAAAAACAAUAAGGGGGGGGGGGGCGGGCGGGGGUCGAACAACCGUGUCAAAAAUCGAGUUAUGAAAAAAAUUAGCCGGUCCUUGCGCAAGUCCUUCCACCUGAAGAGGAGCCGAGAGGAGGAGGAGACGGGGCCGGGGGCCUGCCACGAGCACGAGGGGCGGGAGGCCGCGACCGGCGUCGUCGUCCGUGGCGACGGAGGGGCGGACGGCGACGAGGACGACGCGAAGGGCCGGGCGAAGGGCGGCGAGGGCUUCAUGGGGACCCUGCGGAGGCGCCUCUCCUCCAGGCAGAGGGGCCGCGGGAAGGACGGCGACCGAGCGGCCCCCCCCGCGGCCGGAGCGGUGGCCGUCACGUGGGCCGCCACCGACGUCCCCUCGCCCGUCACCGCGCCGCCGACCAACGGCGAGCGGCCGCCCCGGGCCCGCUGGUCUCCCGCUUCGUCGUCGUCGUCGCUGUCGACGGGCAGCCGCAGCGACCCCGCCGCGUCCCCCCUCCUCUCCGCGUCCCCGCCGGAGGCGAACGGCACGAGGCGGGGCGGGGAGGCGUGCCGCUUGGCGACACGGGCUCCCGCCGCGGAUGUCGCGCCCCGACCGGACGCCCGCUCCGAGGGCCGCCGGUGCGAUGGGCUGAACGAGAACGUGCCGACGGACGACGAAACCGCCGCCGCCGGAGUGCCUUUUCCCGAGUCUACGCACGCCAGGAUGGAGUGCGGUGGUGGCGGCCUCCGCCUGGAGCUGAGGCUGCCCGGCUCGCCGACGGCAAACGGCCUCGACUGCAACGACAACCCGACGGGGCCGCGCGUCCCCGGGGGCGACGCGGGAACGGGGGACUUUGCCGAGGCGCGCAAGGCCGACGUCGAGGACAUGGAGGAGGAGGAGGAGGAAGAGGAGGAGGAGGAGCGCAGCUCGCCGUCGUCCUGCGCGAUGCUGCAGUCCGAGUCCGACCUGGAGGACCGGGGCACGCUGUGCAAAGCGAACGACAAUUUGCCUCCCACGCACGCGCCGGACGAAUACCACGACGUAUCGGCCGACGGCACGGGCGCCGAGGAUGCCGUGCCACCGUCGGAGGAGGGAGACUCGCGCCGCGGUACGGGAGCGGCCGUGGGCGCGCACGCACCCGACGGGCCGAUCGCUCGGCGGCACUGGGGUCGCAACGCCGCGGCCGGCGGAGCGGCGUGCCUCAACGGCGCGGACUGCUUGCACGUCGACGUCCAGCCCGACCGGAACGUGAAUCUGCCCGGCGGAGGCGCCGCGCGGCCGGUGCCGGGCGGCUGCCCCUUGGCGGGGCCGUGCAUCGCGCCGGACCGCGCGCCGUGCGACGGCGACGACGGCGUCAGGACGCGGCGUCCGGGCGCGGGACGCUCCCCGAGCGAGCGCCGCGCCGGGCCGGGCGCGGGAGCGUCGCCGCUGGACACGGGGGCCGUGCCGCCGGGUGCUUGCCGCCUGUACGAGGGCGCCGGCAGGGCGGCGGCCACCAGCCUCACGGAGGAGCUGAAGAAGCUGGCGCGGCACGGCUGGUACUGGGGGCCCGUGACGCGGCAGGAGGCGGAGGAGAAGCUGACGGCGCUGCCCGACGGCGCCUUCCUGGUGCGCGACAGCUCGGACGAGCGCUAUCUGCUGAGCCUGAGCUUCCGGUCGCGCGGGCGCACGCUGCACACGCGCGUCGAGCACUCCAACGGGCGCUUCAGCUUCUACGAGCAGCCCGAGCUGGAGGGCCACGCUUCGGUGGUGCAGCUCGUCGAGAGCUCGGUGCGCGACUCGGAGAUCGGCGCCUUCUGCUACUCGCGCUCGCGCUUCCCCGGCUCGGCCACGUACCCCGUGCGGCUGACGACGCCCGUGUCGCGCUUUAUGCACGUGCGCUCGCUGCAGUACCUGUGCCGCUUCGUCAUCCGCCAGAGCACGCGCAUCGACCUCGUCCGCAGCCUGCCGCUGCCCAACAAGAUGAAGGACUACCUGCAGGAGAAGCACUAUUGAACGGCGCCGCCGCCACUCAAGGAACAGCGUUCAAGCGACGUCUCCCACCGCCCCACCUCGACUGAGCCCCGGUCGCACUCGGGGGCCGCUCGCUCGCGAGAGCUCGGACAGGGACGCGUGCUGCUGCGGUUGGACUCUCGUCCGAAUGAGAACUUGCUUAAGGAACCCAAUAAAUUAUUUGUGGACU